GCAGCGAGCCUGUAGCGUCACUUCCGGCAGUCUCACGCCUCGCGCGGUAAGAUGGCGGCGCAGUUAACGGACGCGGAAUUGUUUUCCGAACUGAAAAAGUUCGGUUUGGUCCCGGGUCCCGUGACCGAGAGCACGCGCCCCGUCUACCUGAAAAAGCUCAAGAAGCUGCGCGAGGACCGCGGCGCCAGGCCUAAAACCAGGAACGGCGGCGGGACAGGCCCGAGUUCGGGCCUGGGCCUCGGCGUGUCGGCCAGCCCCACGACUAACCCUAUCACCCCGGGCAAGCUGCUGGGUUUCAGCUCGGACGAGUCGGACGCCGAGCUCAACGGCAGAAGGAGCGACGCCGGCAAGAGGACGAGCAGGACGGAUAAAGCUCCGGGCGACUGCCCCCGCCCGCGGCCUAGUCACAGCAAGGGGAGGAACACUCCUCCGAGAAUGGUGAACAGCAACAACAGCGGCGGUGGUGCGGGGCUUUUGGCUGGCAAAGGGAACCCCACCCCUUGGUGGAGGCCGAAUCCAUGUGGCGGCGUCCAGCAGUCGCCGGAGGAAGAGGAACGACCUCCGGGAACCGACAUGCAGAGCCACAACAACAACAGCAGCAGCAGCAAUCGUGUCUCCUACGUUAGGGAGGAUAACUACUCCGAUUCCGAGGAUGAACGAGAAGAAGAAUCGAGCCGGAGGCCCAAUUCCAGGCGGAGUCACUCCAAGAAAUUACAGGCCACCGUUAACAGUCAUAACCCGAGGGUGAUCGUGGAGGAGAGCGGCGCCGGCAGGAGAGGCGGCGCCAAACGGAUCCACGACGUCGCCGGCGGUCCUUACUGUCUAGACACCAGGAGAGACCAACUAGAGGAGGAGGAAGAGGAUCAGAGGGAGAAAGACGCCACAGCGGAGCCCACCAUGUUAUUGCGGUUCCGUAAUUCCUCUUCCAAAAAGAUUAGUCCAGGACUGCUGGCUGCUGAAAAGGAGAGACUUUACAUGAGCAGCACCAGAAACAAUAAUCACGUCAGCACAAGUAAUUUUAUUACUAGUCCGAGUGGCCCUUCGUCCUCCCUUUUGAUCAAUGCUAAUCACUCAAACCAUACGGGCAGUAACCACAUCUACAGUACAUAUCGCAAAAGCCCCAGAGAGCCUGAGGAGGAAUUAUUGCAGCAAUUUAAAAGGGAGGGGGGUUCGGCAACCGGUGGAUUCAGUGCACACUACUUAUCCAUGUUUCUUUUAACUGCUGCAUGUCUAUUUUUUGUCAUUUUGGGACUUACCUAUAUAAGGAUGAGGGGUUCAGGAGGAACAGAAGGAGUUCUUAACGUAAAAUUACAGCCGUUUGGAAUAGAUAAUAAGAUUGAAGAGAAAAGAGUAACUUUGAUUAUUCUUCAUAGACUGCAUGAUCAUCUAGCAAAAAUAGCAGGAGACUACGAUUGUGGAGAUCAUGUCCAUUAUAAAAACAGAAGUCUGUCUGUCCAAGAUGCUGCUGAAUAUGUAACUGUUCUUGAUCCCAAUCAUGAAAAGAAAUUUAAUGGUUCACUACAAUGGAUUUUACAGAGUACAGAUGACUUUGGUAUAAAGUUGCUUGGCAGUGACUCUGAAGUCAAGGUAAAUGAUGUUAGUGAAGUACGGUAUCUGGAAUCCACGCAUCCACAGAUGUCAUUUAUCUGCCGCUUUCGUCGUGCAUUCCUAACUGUCUUGCACAGGAUGUUUAUAUUUCUUGUGGGUGUAGGAAUUGUGUGGGGAGUGCUUCAUUACAUGAAGUAUCGUUGGCGGAAGGAAGAGGCAGAGACCAGACAGAUGUACGACAUGGUGGAAAGAAUCAUAGAUGUUCUGAGAAGCCAUAACGAAGCCUGCCAAGAAAAUAAGGACUUGCAGCCUUAUUUGCCUAUUCCUCAUGUACGUGAUUCUCUCAUACCACCCCAGAAUAGGAAAAAGAUGAAAAAGGUGUGGGAGAGAGCUGUUGUUUUUGUUGAAACCAAUGAGUCCCGUAUUCGGAAAGAAACCCAAAGAGUAGGAGGAGGAGAUUUCUUAGUUUGGAGAUGGACUCAACCAUCUUCAACUUGUGAUAAAAUAACAGUUGUGCCGUCCAAAGUAUGGCAAGGAAAAGCCUUCCACCUUGAUGGUAGAAAUUCUCCACCUAACAGUUUGACACCCUGUUUAAAGAUUCGGAAUAUGUUUGACCCUGUCAUGGAAAUUGGGGAUGACUGGCAUAUUGCAAUUCAGGAAGCAAUCCUAGAAAAGUGCAGUGACAAUGAGGGAAUCGUUCAUAUUGCGGUGGAUAAGAAUUCACGUGAGGGUUGCGUGUAUGUGAAGUGUUUGUCUCCAGAAUAUGCAGGCAAAGCUUUUAAAGCACUUCAUGGGUCAUGGUUUGACGGAAAAUUAGUGACUGUAAAAUAUCUGAGAUUAGAUCGUUAUCAUUAUCGCUUUCCUCAGGCAGUCCAUUGCAACACUCCAUUGAAGCCGUCAAGUAGGUACAUGAAUUCACUGUCGCAUCUGCGUCUUCUGACCAACACAGCUAACUCUCAAGGAGCCUCGUGAGACCUCUCCUAUCCCUGCCAGUGCUGUUACACUGCAGCAAGAGAAGUCCUGCUUGAAUGCUCUGUCUUCCUUUUUAUUGCUUUUAUAUGUAUACUUUUUGUAUUAUAAGGAGUGCGUCUUCUGUGUUAAGAUGCCAAGAAGCUGGAGAAUAUUUCCAAAGGAGCUAUCUGUAACAUUUUGGUGUAUUGGGAUAAACAAGUAGUGGCAUAGAUUAAAACAAGAUGUGACUUUCAUGCAGCGGUUAUUAAUUCUUAGACCGUGGAUUGGGCAUGAACAAUUUUGUUCAACAGCACUAAAUGAUGUUUUAGAUGCCUUAGGGAUUAUCAUGCAUACCAUUGUUCAGUCAGCAUUUGACCACUGAGCUAAACGAGAGGAUAUCAAUUGGUCAGAUGUGAUUAUUCAGAAUUUUUUGUUGGAAUUUUGAGUUGCAUUGCUUGAAUGUAAAUUUGGGAGCAGUUUGAUACAAGAUGGGCAUCUGAUACAUGGAGGGAGUAAACAGGGCAACAUGCAGGGCACACUGCAACAGCUGUUGAUAGCUGUCAGCAGAAAUUUGAAACUAAUAAGGACAACUUCAUAAUGUGGCUGUCUACUUAAUGAGAUUUGGCUUAUUUUGUGCAAUAAACAUGUCUGGGUUAAAUAUGGAUUAAUAAUAGAACUAUCAUGCAGGAAGAAGAAAACCAGCAGUGAUAUGGAGUGUCAUAAUUUGCAGAAUGGCGAAUGUGCAGGUUACUCAAAUAAUACAAAAGAUAAAUGACGUACUGUGAUUAACAACUUGAUCUAUAUUCCAUCAAGUAAAUGCAAGAAAUCUGAAUUAUGGAAUUUUUCAUACAAUGAGUAUAGCUUUACGUUUAAUCUUGCUUUUGUUUAUUCCAAAUUUAAGUCAUAAUCUGCAGGUGAUACAUUUCAGCAUGGAAUUGCACAAAAUGGACAAUUUUCUGAGUAAACAUGAUGCACACUGCCUGCAGCAGAGCCUUACUGUGCCUUACCUUUGUGUGCUUGAAGCAGGCACUGUAAUGAACAGGAAUGUAACAACUCCAAAUUUCGUGCAACUUUUUUGUUGCACUUUGGUUAAGAAGUUGUACUAAAAGUAAAGCAAGGAAUCUUGCUGUACCAUGUGUGCAUCAUGUGAUGGUGUUAAUAUUAUUCACAUUCUUGGGCCAACCCAUGAUGCACCUGAUUUGUUGAUCUGUUGUCAGACUGAAUGUGCAAGUGGAAUGGUAUUUUUUAAGGGCGGGGCACUACUUGAUGCAGAUGCAUCUUUGAAUUUUCUAGCUUCUAUGAUGUAUUUCAUUUUAUGUAAACAUUGUACAUUUAUAUAUUGUAAUAUGUACCAUUAUGCAGCUUAUUUUGCUUAUAACUGUUAAAAUUGACAAUAUCCUACCUGCAAGACAGAUGGGAAGGUGUAUAAUAUCCAGACGUUCAAAAAGUUCAGAUGUUUAAUGUAAUUUGUCAUUUGUCUUGUAAAAACACUCUAAUUAAAGGUUUACUAGGGGUUUUUAAAA